AUGGCAAGUGAAAGAAGGCGAAGCGCCUACACAGACAAAUCGACGAGAAACUACGGCGAUCAGCCCGUGUCUCCUCCAAGCGACACCAGUUUAAUCUUAUCAAAACACCCCAAGGAACCUCCCCGAGCUGGUCCUGCCCCUAAUUAUAGGAAGCUCGCUCGCGAGAUUGCCUUUUCCUUCUCGGAUUCUUCUGCCAAUAGCAGCCAGAUAAGCAAUGACCCCUACGCCUCUGAGCUGGCCGCUACAUGGAACUAUCAUGGAGGACGAAAGCCCAAACUACCUUCAGUUCAUGAGCCUCAAGCAAGUGCUCCUGUGACUCAUGCUGAAGUGCCCGAAAAUUCUGCCGCCCUCUUGAAGGUCGAGGAAAAAAUUGACAAUCAAAGCCAACCAGCAUGCGUGCCUCGCGAAGUUGGAGAAAAGCCUGUGUCAUUUGAGAAGCGACAGAUGCUCUGUGCCAUCCUCUCAGUGGGAGCGACUCUUGGCUACUUGCUAGUGUUGAUUGAACGGCUUGGUUUGGCACAUUUCUCUCUUCUUCAAGGCGUGGGCCCACUUUCUAUUCUGCUUUCGGGGCUCCCAGGUAUUUGCCUAACCUGUAUGUUCUCUGCGGCGACAGUUUGCCCCUCGAAACGGAAAGCCUACGAUGCAGGUUCUUUCAGUUUAUCCGUCCAAGAUCCCAUCAAGCGUCAGACGGAGAAAAGCUCUGAUGAUUCCGAAGCCUUUCAAGAGUUACGAACGAAGUUGUCUUCCAAUACCUUUAAAACAUUGUUAGGGUUUGUACUGUGGGACUUGGUCAAAGCAUAUACCUCACUUUGGCCUCUGUUGCAUCUCCCACGGAACGCAACACAUGAACCACUUCAGGAACCACCAUUCUUUGGACAAUCUCCAGAAGGUGCGAAGGCCGGCAUUCAUGGAUACCCCCCGCGCAUUGCGUCUGGGCAUGAUCUCUCAUUACCUUUCUCCCCGCUGUGCCAGUUACUAUUUCCAUUGGUUGCUGACGGCUUGCGUCUGGUGGGCCUUUGGUUCGCCUUUAAGACAAUGCGCCGCACACAGAGGAGGGAGAAGCCUGGAACCACUCGGUUGCUGCACCAGUCGUUUUGGGUUUCUGAAUGCAUGCAACCAUUUACGGGACUGAUGCCACUGGUGGGGGAACAGGCUACAGCUCUUUCCGGACUUCUGCUUCGUUGCCACUCCAUCUUUCUAGGACUCGCCGCAGCUUUUACCGGCUGCAUUUUGGCUUCAGCCUUUCAUCGCCUUUUCCUGACGAACGCCAAGAGCAUAUCGGCUGUGUUGGCAGCGGCAGCUUCCCUUGCCUUUUGCAGUUGCAUUCUUUUCGACGUCCUUUCUGCGGCUGUUCCAUCAUCUGUCAUCACCUGCGCCUACACGCCUUUCAUUGCAGACAUGCGAAGCGGAUUUGUUGCUGUAAAAGCAUUCGCAAUGACAGCAACCCUUUCAGACCAAGUUGGACAGAUAUGCCUCAGCCUUAGCGCGGUUAUGAUCAAGCCCUCGGAUGUUUUCGAUGCCACCGCAGACCCGCAAAAGACGAAGGAAGCAGAGAUCUCCCGUGUUCCGGCAAAAUGA